AUGUUGCGUAACGUGGUGAAAGGUGCAACUAGGAAAGCUAUAACAGAGCUGUCCCAGUACCCAAAGCCCGGCGAGAAACUCCAUGGCUUCACUUUGUUAAGGACAAAGCAUGUACCAGAACUCGAGCUAACUGCACUGCAUUUGCGACACGAUAAGACCGGCGCGGAUUAUCUACACAUCGCUCGCGAAGAUAGUAACAAUGUAUUCUCAAUCGGCUUCAAGACGAACCCCCCGGAUGACACCGGUGUUCCUCAUAUCCUUGAGCACACAACAUUAUGUGGUAGCCAAAAGUAUCCUAUACGAGAUCCCUUCUUUAAGAUGCUACCGAGAACCUUGUCCAAUUUCAUGAAUGCCUUCACGGCUUCCGAUACCUACUAUCCGUUCGCUACGACCAACGCCCAAGAUUUUCAGAAUCUGAUGUCAGUAUAUCUCGACUCGACCCUCCACCCCCUAUUAAAAGAAACGGAUUUUACUCAGGAAGGCUGGCGCAUUGGACCAGAAAACCCCAGAGUUGCGGAGAAGGAUGGAGAAAAUGGUGCCGAGGAUAGCAAGCUAGUCUUCAAAGGUGUCGUCUACAAUGAGAUGAAGGGUCAAAUGUCGGACGCAGGCUACCUAUUUUACAUCCGCUUUCAAGACCACAUAUUCCCAUCUAUCAACAACUCUGGAGGCGAUCCGCAAAAGAUAACCGAUCUGACGUACGAACAACUACGUAAGUUUCAUGCUGAGCAUUACCAUCCCAGCAAUGCAAAGCUUAUAACUUACGGCGAUAUGCCAUUGGCCGACCAUCUCAAGGAAGUCGACGCUCAAAUGAAAGCAUUUGAGAAGAUACAGGCAGAUAUAGAACAUAAAAAGCCAAUCGACCUCAGUGAGGGACCGCGUACCGUGACGGUAUUCGGGCCGGUGGAUCCUCUUGCCGAUCCGGAAAAGCAGUAUAAAACCUACGGGAAUCUCUCUAUUGGUUUAAGCGGAGUCGAGCAACCUAAUGUCGAGAAGAUUAAGGGCGAGAUUCAAAAUAUACUACGCGAAGUUCGUGACAAGGGCUUCGAGAGAACAAAGAUAGAAGGAUAUCUUCAUCAGCUCGAAUUGAGUCUUAAACAUAAGACCGCCAAUUUUGGACUUUCGGUGUUGCAUCGCCUGAAGGGGAAGUGGUUUUCUGGAACCGAUCCCUUCGACUCCUUAGCAUGGAACGAUACAGUUGCGGCAUUUGAGGCGAAGCUUGCUGAAGGAGGCUAUCUAGAGGGACUAAUGGACAAAUAUCUCCUCAACGACAACACUCUUACCUUCACAAUGGCCCCUUCGGAAACGUACGGCGCGGAGAUUGCGAAGGAGGAAGAUGAUAGGCUGUUAGCUAAGAUUUCCGAAGCUACUCAACAAGCCGGUGGGGAACAAGAAGUUCGAAAAUUCUUCGAACAGAGAGAACUAGAUCUACUUGUUGAACAAAACAAGUCAAAUACCGAGGAUUUAAACGAGCUCCGAUCUCUCGUCCCAUUGUUUACGGACGCCAUCAUGCGACUGGGAACGAAGGAUAUGACCAUGGAGCAGCUCGAGGAUCAAAUCAAGCUUAAGACGGGUGGCAUAUCUGUUAGCUAUUUAUCGACCGCAUCACCAACCGAUUUCCGCCAGGCUUCCGAGGGCCUUCUACUACGAGGCACGGCUCUUGAUCGUAAUGUACCCGAAAUGUUUGACCUGCUCCGUAAGCUCAUCUCGGAGACCAAUUUUGACAGUCCAGAGGCAGCCCUUCGGAUAAGGCAACUACUCGAAGCCGCAGCUGAUGGUGUUGUGAACGACAUUGCCUCCUCCGGUCAUUCCUAUGCUCGAAGGUAUGCCGAGUCGGGUUUAACACGUGAAGGCUACUUGGCCGAGCAAGUAAGCGGCUUAUCACAGGUUAAACUCAUAACAUCGCUGGCUGGACGACCGGAGUCGGAUCAAUUCGAAGACAUAAUCGAAAAACUUAAACAAAUACAGAAAUACGCAUUAGCGGGUACUGACAUUCGCACAGCGUUAACAUGCGGCUCUGAUAGUGUUCAAGCCAACUUUACCGCGUUAUCCCGAUUCCUGGCAUCUCGAUCAACUGAUCCUGUCCAAUUCCCCGUUGUUGGAAAGCAGACAUUUGCGAGAGAUAUCAAAGCUUUCUUCCCACUUCCUUACCAAGUCUACUAUGGUUCUCUCGCACUCCCAACUACCUCAUAUACAUCAGCACAGGGUGCACCACUUCAAAUCCUAGCUCAACUUCUCACUCACAAACACCUUCAUCACGAAAUUCGUGAAAAAGGUGGCGCAUACGGAGGCGGUGCUUAUAUGAAGGGACUUGAAGGAAUAUUUGGAUUCUACUCAUACCGGGACCCGAACCCGCAGAAUACUCUUUCGAUUAUGAAAAAUGCUGGUCGAUGGGCAGUCGAUAAGAAAUGGUCCGACCGGGACCUUGAAGAGGCCAAGAUAUCAGUCUUCCAGAGUGUCGAUGCGCCUAGGUCAGUGAGUGCGGAGGGUAUGCUCCGAUUCAUGUCUGGUGUCACAGAUGAAAUGCAGCAGAAGAGGCGUGAACAGCUUUUAGAUGUUUCGAAGGACCAAGUCCGCGAGGCUGCUCAGAAGUACAUCGUUGACGCUUUAGCAAAUGGGGAGGAAAGAAUCACUUUCCUUGGAAAGAAACAAGAUUGGGUGGAUAACACCUGGAAGGUGAACGAGAUUAACGUGGACAGUACUGAGUAA